AGGAGGAGGACAGAGGAAGAGGAAGAGGAGGAGGAGGAGGAGGAGGAGGAGGAGGAGGAGGAAGAGGAGGAGGAGGAUUUAUGUGAAGAGGAGGAAGAGAAGGAGGAGGAGGAAGAGGAAAAGGAGGAGGAGGAAGAGGAGGAAGAGGAGGAGGAAGAGGAA